AUGGAAAGGAUCAAAAAUGAAGAGUCCACGCAAAAAGCACGCCGGGCCUUCACCCUCAGAAGCGUAGCCCGGCGCGACACUACAACAAGAUCCGACGGUGGCGGCGGAAAAGGACCCAUUGGCCUCACAACAUUGUUUGAGCCCAGUGUGCCGGGCAUCGCCGACUUGAUCUUCGUCCAUGGGCUAAACGGAGGAUCCUACAGUACCUGGACACAAGACGAUGACCCUGACAAGUUCUGGCCAGCUAAAUGGCUUCCCCACGACGAAGCUUUUCAGGAUGCGCGGAUCCAUACGUUUGGGUACAACUCGAGCUGGGCUCAGGAGAGCGUUCUGAACAUCCAGGAUUUUGCUUCAUCUUUACUCCUUUCUCUGAAGGAUUGCCCAAAGAUACCGAGAGAAGAAUGGGCACCACCCCUCAUCUUUGUCGGCCACAGCAUGGGAGGCCUGGUGGUGAAGAAAGCUUUCCUGCUCUCCAAGCAGAAACAGGAUUUCGCCUCUAUCUCUCAGCGUCCAUCAAUAACGAGUUUCCAGAGCAGGCGAUGGCAUUCGACUCUUCUCAUUCUUUGA